UCCCCUCUCAGCUGAUCCCUUUUUAUACCCCGGAUUCUCUUUUCAAGCGCAUGUUUCUCGUUCUUCAUCAAUCAAUACUGCUUCCAUCUCUUCGCGCUGCCAGAUCCAAUCAGUCGCGACACGAUAGCUUCAUACAAACAUACGAUAAACAGACAGACACCAUGGCCUCACCACAGAAGCUCCGAACUCCCAUCACCGAUCUUUUCAAGAUCAAGCAUCCCGUCCUCCUUGCGGGCAUGAACGUUGCCGCUGGUCCCAAGCUUGCCGCCGCUGUCUCCAACGCUGGUGGUCUUGGUGUUAUUGGUGGUGUCGGCUAUACCCCUGACAUGUUGCGCGAGCAAAUCGCCGAGCUCAAGAGCUUCCUUGACGACAAGAACGCUCCCUUCGGUGUCGACCUGCUUCUUCCCCAGGUUGGCGGUAGCGCUCGCAAGACCAACUACGAUUACACCAAGGGUAAGCUCAACGAGCUGGUCGAUAUCAUUAUCGAGGAGGGCGCCAAGCUCUUUGUCUCUGCCGUCGGUGUGCCUCCCAAGGCUGUUGUCGACAAGCUCCAUGCCAAUGGCAUCGUCUACAUGAACAUGAUCGGCCACGUCAAGCACGUCCAGAAGUGCCUUGACCUCGGCGUCGACAUCAUCUGCGCCCAGGGUGGCGAGGGUGGUGGCCACACCGGUGAUAUUCCCACGACUGUCCUCAUCCCCGCUGUUGUGGACAUCUGCAAGAAGCACAAGUCCCCUCUCACCGGUGGUCCUGUCCAGGUUAUUGCUGCUGGUGGUAUCCACAACGGCCAGCUCCUUGCUGCCUCCCUCAUGAUGGGUGCUGGUGCCGUCUGGGUCGGAACCCGCUUCAUUCUCACUGACGAGGCCGGUGCUCCCAAGGCUCACAAGGAGGCUGUUCGCACAUCUGGUCACGACGACAACAUUCGCACCAUCAUCUGGACAGGCCGUCCCAUGCGUGUCCGUAACAACGACUACAUUAAUGACUGGGAGACCAACCGCCAGGCAGAAAUUAAGGAGCUCGUCUCCAAGGGUGUCAUUCCCUACGAGGCCGAUCUUGACAAGCUCGCUGAAAGCACCAGCGAGAGCGAAAACGACGACGACGAGGACAUCCUUGACAAGUACCGACCUUACCUCAUGGGUAAGUGUGCUGCUGUUGUCAACGAGCAGAAGCCUGCCAAGGCUGUCGUUGAUGAGUUUGUGGACGAUGCCGUUGCUUGGUUGCAAAGAGGCAACAAGAUGAUUGCCAAGCUGUAAAGCAGCCAUGCCAUUUACAUAUGAGAUACCUUGUUAUUUAGUCAUUAUUUUGUGAUCUACACGUAGAUUAGAAGCCUUGCUUGGUUAAGUUGAACUUUACACAUCAAACUCAUUGUUGCAACACAUGCGCUUUCACUCUCAUUAUGCUAGUUUUUCUUUGGUUAGGGGCGGCGUCUUGGUUAGUAGAAAUUUGGAUCCCCCAGCUACCUAAUCUUGAUACCCUUGGCAAAGUGCAGGGGUGGAUAUACGAGGUAUCCUUCAAGAAGUAAGCCGUCCUAUGCUGAUACCUCCUGCAAACACCUCGAUAUACAGGAACAUCCGAUCAAUAGACAAGCCCUUGCCUGCUGAGGCUACAUAUUCAAAGCAUGAUAUCCAAUCUUAACAUGGCAGAGUUUCUUUGCACGGCAUGCUCUCGAUUUGCGAAUGAUUUUGGCAAGGUUGGACAAGAAGGCUGGAGUCCUAUUCUCAACGUUGCACCCGAUUUCCACUCGUUGGCAAAACUAGCCCGGGGGGGUUGUUCGCUUUGCCAAAUUGUCUACCAAUCUUGCUGUUAUGCUGAAACCGUCUCUUAUGAGAGGGAUACACUGCCCAUUCGAGUCCGAGCAUGGAUGGAACCUGAUAGCUACAGUGAGUUUGCCGAUGAGGAGGAUGAUGGACUCCCAUUUCGCGACGAAUACCCAAGGCGGUUGUUUCUUAUAGUAACAAUCGGCGAGGAAGGACAAAGCCGUUCGCAUUUUCUCCCUCUGGUAAUGGACAAGGGCGCGGAAAAGGCAACAACUUUGUCGGAAUCACACACGGAUGAGCCCAUUAUCAAUCUCUGCUCAAGCGGAGGUGUUGAUGAUGCAGUCGCCUUGGCUAAACACUGGAUACUUGAAUGUGACAAUUCUCAUACCGCAUGCAACGAUCAUCCACGUACCAAACAGCAGCCAAAGGUGGUACCCACGCGACUUAUAGACGUUGGGUCAACUCACGGAGGAAGGCCACCACGGGUCUAUAUUCAAAACUUCCUCGACCAUGAGGAUGUGGUCGCGGAUGUUGAAUAUGCUGCUUUGAGUUAUGCAUGGGGUUCUGAUCCCACAUUUGCGACAACUACAGCAUCCAACGUUGGCGAGAUGACAGAGUGCCUACCAUGGGACAAGCUCGCAAAGACUAUUCAGGAAGCUAUCAUAUUCACGCGGAAGCUGGGAAUUAAAUACCUAUGGGUCGAUGCUUUGUGUAUACUGCAAAACGAAGGUCCGGAUGAUUCAUUUCACAAGGCAGAUUGGUCUUACGAGGCUGGCAGAUUCGGCCAAUACUACGAGAACGCCAAGUUGACCAUUGCAGCAACGGGGGCCAUCUCUUCUGAUAAAGGGCUAUUCCUCCCACGACCUGCCUUGCAAGUCAACCCGAAGCCAGUUACCUUUCCACAAGAGACGUUUUGGGGCGGAAUCAGAGAGACCACCGCCCAGCCGAUAUCUCCAGCGUGGGAAUACGAAAUAGACAACUCCCCUCUUCUUUCAAGAGGAUGGGCAUUUCAGGAGAGAGUCCUUUCUAAGAGGGUCUUGCAUUUUGGGAUGAACUGUAUUUUGUGGGAAUGCCACGAGGGUCGGGCGAUCGAGACUGCACCACAUCGCUUAGGGCCUGUGACUUCCGAGGAAAUAGGCUACGACUUUGUCCAUACGUUUAAACACAUGCAAGAUCUGAAAUGGGAGGAUUUUGUGAAGUCAUGGUAUAGAUUUGCCAGCAGAUCCUCAAUGGACAAAUUCACCUUCGCCUCAGACCGACUACCGGCCUUGUCAGGAAUUGCUGCAAGAAUUCAGCAUCGCUUCCCGCAGAAGUAUAUCGCAGGUUUAUGGGAGUUCAAUAUAACUCAAGGGCUGGCUUGGGGAGUUCAUGAAUCACCCGAUCACAAAUCUCCAAGUUUAGCUGAUCUGUCUAUGGGCAUAGAAGGGGAAGCCAUACCCUCAGAGCUCAACAUGCCUUCAUGGAGUUGGGCGUCUAGCGAUAAGCCGAUACAUUUCUUCUUCUGGUUCGAUGAGUGGACUUCGAUGAUUACAAUCAAGAGCUGGGCGGUAGAAACCAAGGGUGCAGAAACUUCUGGGCAAGUUCUCCAUGGGACGCUACGUCUAAAAGGCCUGUUCCAGGUGAUGAAAUUGGUCGAUCUCACUCCGCCAUUCAGCAGGGUACAAUUCGAUCGAUACGGGUUCGCAUAUGAGGAAGAUCUUGCAAAGCACUUAAGCGAUAGGCUCUAUCCCUGCAUCCUUCUUGGGACAGAAAGUAGGUUCUUUAGGAGUCACCGUGCAGUAAGUCUUUUAGCAGGCGCACUCAUACUUCAACCAACUGGUCGGAGUGUUGAUUCGGUAGAAGAGUACAGACGUAUUGGAUUUUUCAGGGCCCCUUACGAGGAACACUGGUCUGAAGUUACUGAAACCAGGACUAUUGAUCUUGUAUAAUAAGUAGUUCAACGACUUAACAUUUGAUCGUUUUCUUCUAUAUGUAGCGUCAGUAAUGGGACCUCAGACAAGCUUUGUGUACGAGCAAAGUGAAAUCUCACCAUGUAUGAGGCUCAUCCUUCUCACACUUGUCUCAUUUCUUCCUCUCCUUCAUUCUACAAUAUGAUAAAUUGAGAAGUACACUCAUAAAUACCCAUUU